AAAAAACCUCAUUAGUAUAACCACAAAAUAGAACCGAUCGAUUAAUCAGUUUUUUUGAAUUAAUUAUAUUGGAGGUUAACUUAAAAAUGAAAGUAUUACUAAGUGUUUUUUUGCUGGCAUUAAUUCUGUUCGUUGCCGGAGGAAUUAUUAUUAUUUGCCAUAGACAAUCAGAUGAAUUAAACCCUAGACCAUUGCCAAAAAUUCUUCCACUAAGAAGUAAAAUCGACGUUAUUGUUUUGAACCAACGGUGGUUGGAUACCGCGUGCUUUGAAUGGAAGGCAAGUUAUAGAAAUAACACAUGCUCGGUGCCAAAAGAUAAACAAUGGAGUCUAUUGGGAUUAAUGCCGCAAAUAAAUGGCACUAAAGGCCCUCAUUUUUGUAAUCGUUCACUAUUAUUCGAUCCCGAAGCAAUAGAUUCGAUUAAAAAUGAUCUUGAAGCCAAAUGGAAAACCGUGGACGAUCAGAAUAAUGCUGGUAAAAUAUGGCAAGCAAGUUGGGAAAAAUAUGGCACUUGCGGUGUCACAGUUGACCAGAUAAAAGAUCAAUUUAAAUAUUUCAAUAAAUCAAUUGAAUUGUAUGACAAAUAUAACAUGAAGCGUAUUUUGAAUGAGGUCAAUAUUACCCCAGGAAAUAAUUAUACCGCUCAAGGACUUUUGAAUGCUGUGGAAAGCGGUUUGGGUAAACGGGCUAGAAUUUUGUGCUCUCGUGACCGAAAAAACAAAAAACAUUAUAUAUAUUCGAUCUACACAUGUUUCGAUACAUCAUUCAAUUUAAUUAAUUGUGACGGAAUAAGUCAUUAUUUAACAAAUUGUCCCCUCAAGAAGCCAAUUACGUAUCCAAACUUUGACGAAAAUUUUGUUAAUAAAAUAUAAAAAUUAAUAUACAAAAAGAAGAAAAGUUACGGAAAGUAAAAUGAAGUGCAAAAAAAAGAGAUAAAAGUGCGCAAUAAAUAUAAAAUAUAAAACUUUGUAAAAGACAAUUUCAUACAAAUGAAACCUAUUAUUAAUAUUAAUAUAAUUAUUAUACAUAUAUAAACAAUAAAAUCAUCAAAUAUAAAUA